GCGGCGAGGCGGUCGCUUCGAGCGUGUUAGUUUGCUCCCUGAAGAGAGUGAGGGCGGUUGGGCGCCGGCGGUCACUCGUGCGUUCGCUGUGGAAGUCAGGUGACGGUGGCGUUUUGAUGGCUUAGUGGGAAGAUACGACCGUAAAACACCACCUCUGGGUGGAAGCAGCCCCUCCCCCCAAACUCCGCUCUACUCCUAACGUUUGGACCUGGUACCGAAUCAGCUGCGUUUGUUUUGUGUGUGUGUGUGUGUGUCAGUCGCCACCUUGCCUCUAACCCGGUUGUUGAAGUUUUCUCCAUUUGCUGUGGAAGACGUUGAGGCAGAGCCAGGCUUCAGCCCUCCCUUAUCUAAAAAAAAAAAAAAAAAAAAAAAAAAAAAAAAAAGCUAGAGAUAAAAUCGACACUAUCCGUUGCUUUGAGCUAUUACCCUGUUAUCCUGUGGGACGACGUUUUCAGGGUCACUGAAGCAGCGUAGAACAAAUUCGGCGUGGAGUCUGGAAAGCAAAGUUUUUCUUAAAAAUAAAACCCCAAGGGAGAUGCCCUUUGUUUCUUGGAUGUAAUGUGCUUUAUGUUUACUAUUCAGCAGUGAAAAUGAGUCAUACAGAGGUUAAAUUAAAAAUACCUUUUGGAAAUAAAUUACUGGAUGCCGUUUGUUUGGUACCUAACAAGAACAUAGCAUAUGGAAUAAUUCUUACACAUGGAGCAUCAGGAGAUAUGAAUCUUCCUCAUUUGAUGUCACUAGCAUCCCAUCUUGCAUCUCAUGGAUUUUUUUGCCUGAGAUUUACUUGCAAAGGCCUUAACAUUGUACACAGAAUUAAGGCAUAUAAAGCAGUUUUGAAUUACCUAAAGACCUCAGGAGAAUACAAACUUGCUGGUGUUUUUCUCGGAGGUCGUUCGAUGGGUUCAAGAGCAGCUGCUUCUGUAAUGUGUCAUGCUGAGCCAGAUGACGCUGAUGAUUUUGUUCGAGGUCUGAUUUGUAUUUCUUACCCACUGCACCAUCCAAAGCAGCAGCAUAAACUCAGAGAUGAAGAUCUCUUUCGUAUAAAGGAUCCUGUACUGUUUGUGUCAGGCUCAGCAGAUGAAAUGUGUGAAAAGAACUUGUUGGAGAAAGUAGCACAGAAAAUGCAAGCUCCCAGUAAAAUCCAUUGGAUUGAGAAGGCAAAUCAUUCCAUGGCAGUGAAAGGGCGAUCAACAAAUGAUGUUUUCAAAGAAAUAAAUACACAGAUCUUAUUUUGGAUCCAAGAAAUCACUGAAAUGGACAAAAAAUAAUUGUCAGUAAAAGCCAGGUUAUUUUGAAUAAAAAUACGGUUAAUUUGUUAAAGUAUACCUCUCAGCAUUGUGAGAUAUAUUUCAGACUAAUGUUCUUUAAUGUUGCCCUAUUUUUGAAACAUUGUAUUGUGAAAAUAUACUUUACAAGAUGUCUUUUGAAAGCACUGUUAUAGUUAUAUGAAGAUAAUGUACAAAUAUUGAAGGUUGUCUAUAAUUUAUUUUCAUUAGUUAAGUUUUGAAAAAUUAAACAUUUGCAUUUUGUUACAA